AUGUUCCCGCCGCAUGAACCCGGGCCCAGCCGCCGCCGACGCUGUUCCCACCAGCGGCCGCCACCUGAGAAGAAGCAGAAGCAGGGAAUCCUCCGACCAGAAGAUCAGAUGAAUGGUGAAAAAGACAUGAUCAAUGGGGCUCUAUCAGAUGACUUGUUGUCAAAUAUUUUUGACCGUGUCCCGGUCCACGAUAUAUGCAAGGCUGCAAGGCUUGUUUGCCGCAGGAGAAAAAUUGGCAGCACGACCAAAUUAAGACGGAACAUGUCCCCGCCGCAUGAACCCGAGCCCAGCCGCCGCCGACGCCGUUCCCACCAGCGGCCGCCACCUGAGAAGAAGCAGAAGCAGGGAAUCCUCCGACCAGAAGAUCAGAUGAAUGGUGAAAAAGACAUCAAUGGGACUCUAUCAGAUGACUUGUUGUCAAACAUUUUUGACCGUGUCCCGGUCCACGAUAUAUGCAAGGCUGCUAGGCUUGUUUGCCGCAGGUGGUACCAUGUGACCCAUAGCCACAACACUUACGCCUUUCUCUUCAAGAAAUACCGGGCCGUGUUUUUGAUGGGCACCCGCGACAGCUGGAUCGAGACAACCAAGUUGAGGCAACAAAACGCGAGCGUGGCCGUGACAGAUUGUUCGGAACUCUGUUUAGCGUUUGCUGCAGGAGGGGACUUCACUAAGCUCAUCCUCUCACAUCACUCGACCGAGGCAGUUCUUAAUCUCCCUUCACUCGUCACACGUUCUAAGGCGACACCUAUGUAUUCAUGGGGAGUAGCACGCGCUCGGGACUCCAUGGAUUUGAAAGUGGUUGUCUACAUUCCUCCCGAUCCAUAUACAAGCGUAAAGGUGGACGAGUUUCAUGUGUUAACCAUUGGAGAUGAUGAUGAGUCGUGGAGAGUCGUGCAGGCCGAGCCUCGGGUUAUUGACUAUGAAGUUGGAGACGGAGGGUUCACAGAGAACCUUGGGCCCGGUUACUCUAUUGGCCAGAGGGGGGAAGUUAAGAAGAAUACUUACUUGUCGACUGGAAAGUGUUUAUCCUUAUUGCGUGAGUGUGGGGAGCUGUAUUGGGAAGUUUGGGAGAUGGAUCCGCGAACGUUUGCAUGGAGAAUGACAGGCGAUUUUUCAUUAGAGGCACACAGGAGACGAUUCGAAUCUAGAAGUAAGGAUGUCUCCGUAAUUCCAGUCGGGUGGGUUAAGUACUUGGAGGUGUUGGUACUCUGUGCCGAUUUGGGUGAGAAUACGAUUCUGAUCUACAACCUCGUCAAGGAGGAAAUGGAGAGAAUGGAGCUACCGUGCAGGGUUUGCUAUUACAGUAUACACCCUUAUGAAGUCUAG